CUUCCAUUCCCUUCCCUUCCACUUCCACGCCGCCGCGCGCAUCUCUCUGCCUCCCUCACCGCCGCCGCCGCGGAAAGGAUGGGGAAGGUGCCGCACACCCUGCGGGGCACCAAGCUACCCCUCGCCUUCCUCCCCAAGCCCAAAUCCCACAACACUUCUCCCUCCACGCCGCCGCCUCCUCCGCCCGUGCCUCGUCCCACCAACCCUACUGUAUCCCGCAACCCCCGGGAAAACCGCAAAACCCCGAGAGCCCUGACCUCCACCACCGACGCCGCCCCCGUGGUCGGCGAGGCCGCGUUGUGUCGGAGGCCCAUCAGAACCCCCGCCGACCUCGCCGCCGCCAUCCGGUCUGCGGCGGACGCGGACAUCGACGCCGCGGCCUCCCUGGCCCUCACCGCCGCCCCCACCAUCCCGCUCCCGACCCACUCCCUCGCACUCCUCCUCCGCCGCCUCGCCACCCACCGCUCCGUCGCCGCCGCGCGGGGCCUCCUCACCAAACUCCACCCCUCCUCCACCACCCCGCCCCCGCGCGGAGCUCUCCUCGCCCUCGCCGACGCCGUCUGCCGCCGCGGGGACCCGCGCGAGAUCUCCCAGCUGCUCCCGGUCCUCGCCGACCACGGCGUCCGCGCCGACGCCCACGUCUACAACUCCCUCAUGAAGGCGCACGUCGCCGCCUCCGAUCCCGCGGGCGUCCUCGCGGUGCUCCGCUGGAUGAAGGACGACGGCGUCGACCCCGACCUCGUCACCUACAACACCCUCAUCUUCGGGCUCGCGCGCGCGGGGAUGGUCGCCAAAGCGAGGACCUUCCUCGACGCCAUGGCCACCGAGGGCCUCUUCCCGGACGUCAUCACCUACACCUCGCUCAUGAACGGGAUGUGCGUCAAGGGCGACGCACUUGGGGCUCUCAAGUUGCUCGAGGAGAUGGAGGCCAAGGGGUGUGAGCCGAAUGAGCGGACGUACAACACGCUGCUCAUGGGGCUGUGCAAGAACAAGAAGCUGGACAAGGCCGUCGAGGUGUACAAGUCCAUGGUAGGGGCUGGUAUGAAGCUUGAUGCACCAGCGUAUGCGACCUUUGUCAGGGCAUUGUGUCGUGCGGGGAGCAUUGUGGAUGCUUAUGAGGUGUUUGAUUAUGCCAUUGAGACCAAGAGUUUCACAGUGGUGACGGCCUAUAGUGAGCUUGAGAACUCACUCAAGUGGCUGCGCAAGAUGAAAUCAUGAGCCAACUCGUGACGAAGGGCGAAGGCUCGAUGCUUCUGAAAUAAGCUUUCUGUUAGCUUGGGGCACUUGUGUUGCUCGAGGAGAUGGAAGCCAAGGGGUGUGAGCCGAAUGAGCAGAUGUACAACACGGUGCUCAUGGGGCUGUGCAAGAACAAGAAGCUGGACAUGGCCGUCGAGGUGUACAAGUCCAUGGUAGGGGCUGGGAUGGAACUUGAUGCACCGGCGGAUGUGACCUUCAUCAGGGCAUUGUAUCGAUGGGAGAGCGUUGCAGAUGCUUAUGAGGUGUUUGAUUAUGUGAUUUGAGACAGUUUUACAGGGGUGAGGUGACUGCGUAUAGUGAGCUUGAGAACUCAAGUGGUUGCGCAGGAUGAAAUCAUGACUCCUGAGGAAGGCUUGUUGCUGCUAGUACCUGCUUCGGCCUUCAUUCCCUGAAACAUUGUCGAAGCUUAAUUUGCUGUGAUACAUUGAGUUUCUGCAAUUGCAAUUGAAUUAAUGCUAUGUUUGUGGCGAGUAGUGAUGUUGUUUCUUUCAUCCAAAAACUUGUAGUACAGCUUGAGUAGUUGAGAAAAUAGCAGGGGCUGUUUGCGAUCUUUAUCAAGCUUUGCUAGCAUGAUGUAUUACCUUGUAUACAAAUAUAAAUCAUGGGCUUCCUCCAAGGAAUGAUUGUUUUUCAAUAAUGAUAAUGGAAAGUACAAGCUAAAGAUUGCUGAAGAUC